AUGGCGCGGAGCAGGACCGAGGUGGAGGCCCAGCGCCAGCUGUUUUCGCAGGUGGCCUGGGCGCGGGCCCCUGCCUGCACCCGUUUGCCAGUCUGCAAAGAGGACGCAGGUCGCUACCCAGAGCUGCUGGACACAGAGACCCAGGCCCCCGUGGCCUCCAUCCGGAAGGACCCACAGGACGCCCAGCUGCACGGGCUCAGAGAGGCUCUGCGGGGCCUGGGCCUGAAGUCUGUGUCAGAAUUGCCUGCCCCCACGUGGUUCGAGCACGUCAGCAUGCUGGUCAUCAUGCUCAACUGCGUCACCCUGGGCAUGUUCCGGCCUUGCGAGGACGUCAAGUGCCGCUCGGAGCGCUGCAGCAUCCUGGAGGCCUUCGACGACUUCAUCUUCGCCUUCUUCGCGGUGGAGAUGGUCAUCAAGAUGGUCGCCCUGGGGCUGUUCGGGCAGAAGUGCUACCUGGGCGACACGUGGAACAGGCUGGACUUCUUCAUCGUCAUGGCGGGGUACAGCUCCAUCUGCCCACACCCAGCUCUGUUAAGCCGGGGGCCUGAUGCACCUGAAGUGGCCCCUUGCCUGACCCCACCUGGCCGGGACCCCACCCCUCAGACUCCAUGGUCCUCGGCCCCCCAGGAAGAGGGCAUGCGCAUCCUGGUCACGCUGCUGCUGGACACGCUGCCCAUGCUGGGGAACGUGCUCCUGCUCUGCUUCUUCGUCUUCUUCAUCUUCGGCAUCGUGGGCGUCCAGCUGUGGGCCGGCCUGCUGCGUAACCGCUGCUUCCUGGACAGCGCCUUCGUCAGGAACAACAACCUCACCUUCCUGCGGCCGUACUACCAGACGGAGGAGGGUGACGAGAACCCCUUCAUCUGCUCCUCGCGCCGAGACAACGGCAUGCAGAAGUGCUCGCACAUCCCCAGCCGCCGUGAGCUGCGCGUGGAGUGCACGCUGGGCUGGGAGGCCUACGGGCAGCUGCAGGCCGAGGGCGUGGGCGGCGCCAGCCACAACGCCUGCAUCAACUGGAACCAGUACUACAACGUCUGCCGCUCCGGCGACUCCAACCCCCACAACGGCGCCAUCAACUUCGACAACAUCGGCUACGCCUGGAUCGCCAUCUUCCAGGGGAUCACGCUGGAGGGCUGGGUGGACAUCAUGUACUACGUCAUGGACGCCCACUCCUUCUACAACUUUAUCUACUUCAUUCUGCUCAUCAUCGUGGGCUCCUUCUUCAUGAUCAACCUGUGCCUGGUGGUGAUCGCUACGCAGUUCUCAGAGACGAAGCAGCGGGAGAACCAACUGAUGCGGGAGCAGCGCGCCCGCUACCUGUCGGACGACAGCACGCUGGCCAGCUUCUCAGAGCCAGGCAGCUGCUACGAGGAGCUGCUCAAGUACGUGGGCCACAUCUGCCGCAAGGUCAAGCGGCGCAGCCUGCGCCUCUAUGCGCGCUGGCAGAGCCGCUGGUGCCAGAAGGCGGACCCCAGCAGCCCCCUGCACGGCCAGGGCCUCGGGCACCCGCCGCGGCGGGCAAGCAGGCGUGCGGCCUCCAUUCACCAUCUGGUCUACCACCACCACCACCACCACCACCACCACUACCACUUCAGCCACAGCAGCCCACGCCGGCCCAGCCCUGAGCGAGGCACCAGAGACACCAGUCUGGUCCGGGCUAGAGCGCUGCCCUCACCACCCUCGCCCAGCCCCGGGCCGCUGGAUGCCGAGUCGGUGCACAGCGUGUACCAUGCGGACUGCCACGUGGAAGGGCCGCAGGAGCGGGCUCAGGUGGUACAGGCCGCGGCCACCGCCGCCAGCCUCAAGCUGGCCAUGGGGCUGGGCACCAUGAACUACCCCACCAUCCUGCCCUCGGCGCCUGGUAGCGGCAAAGACGGCACCAGCCCCAGGUCCAAGGGGAAGCGGGCCAGUCGGCCACCAGGGGCCGGAGGGCACAGCUCCCUCAGCCUGAGCAGCCACGACCCCUAUGAGAAGAUCCAGCAUUUGGUUGGGGAACAUGGACUGGGCCAGGCCUCCAGCCGCCUGUCAGGCCUGAGCGUGCCCUGCCCCCUGCCCAGCCCCCAGGCGGGCACGCUGACCUGCGAGCUGAAGGACUGUCCGUACUGCGCGAGCGCCCUGGGAGACCCCGAGUUUGAGUUCAGCGACUCGGAGAGUGGAGACUCGGACGGCAACGCGGUCUAUGAGUUCACACAGGAUGUGCGGCACGGGGACCACCGCGACCCCAUGCAGCCGACCCCAGUGGCCGGCACACCAGCCCAGGGCAGUGUGCGGAGGCGGGCACAGCAGCGGGUGGCCUCUGGCAAGCCUGGUGGGCUCGGCCACGUGUGGGCUACCGUCAGUGGCAAACUGCGCAGGAUCGUGGACAGCAAGUACUUCAACCGCGGCAUCAUGAUGGCCAUCCUCACCAACACCCUGAGCAUGGGCAUUGAGUACCACGAGCAGCCGGACGAGCUGACCAACGCCCUGGAGAUCAGCAACAUCGUGUUCACCAGCAUGUUCGCCCUGGAGAUGCUGCUGAAGCUGCUGGCCUGCGGCCCGCUGGGCUACAUCCAGAACCCCUACAACAUCUUCGACGGCGUCAUCGUGGUCAUCAGCGUCUGGGAGAUCAUCGGGCAGGCGGACGGCGGGCUGUCGGUGCUGCGGACCUUCCGGCUGCUGCGGGUGCUGAAGCUGGUGCGCUUCAUGCCGGCGCUGCGGCGCCAGCUGGUGGUGCUCAUGAAGACCAUGGACAACGUGGCCACCUUCUGCAUGCUGCUCAUGCUCUUCAUCUUCAUCUUCAGCAUCCUGGGUAUGCACCUCUUCGGCUGCAAGUUCAGCCUGAAGACAGACACUGGAGACACGGUCCCUGACAGGAAGAACUUUGACUCCCUGCUGUGGGCCAUCGUCACCGUGUUCCAGAUCCUCACCCAGGAGGACUGGAACGUCGUCCUCUACAACGGCAUGGCCUCCACCUCCUCCUGGGCCGCCCUCUACUUCGUGGCCCUGAUGACCUUUGGCAACUACGUGCUCUUCAACCUGCUGGUGGCCAUCCUGGUGGAGGGCUUCCAGGCGGAGGGCGACGCCAACAGGUCUGACACGGACGAAGACAAGACGUCCACUCACUUGGAAGAGGAUUUCGACAAGUUCAGAGACCUCAGGGCCACAGAGAUGAAGAUGUACUCCCUGGCCGUGACCCCCAACGGGCACCUGGAGGGCCGGGGCAGCCUGCCCCCUCCAGUCAUCAUGCGCACAGCGGCCACGCCCAUGCCCACCCCCAAGAGCUCCCCCAACUUGGACACGGCCCAUGGCCUCCUGGACUCCCGGCGUGGCAGCAGCAGCUCCGUGGACCCUCAGCUGGGGGACCAGAAGUCUCUGUCCAGCGUCCGCAGUUCGCCCUGUACCCCCUGGGGCCCCAAUAGCGCCUGGAGCAGCCGGCGCUCAAGCUGGAACAGCCUGGGCCGCGCGCCCAGCCUCAAGCGCCGGAGCCAGUGUGGGGAGCGGGAGUCCCUGCUGUCGGGCGAGGGCAAGGGCAGCACAGAUGAGGAGGCUGAGGACGGCAGGCCCAGGGUGGGCGCCUCGCCCUGCACACGUGCCACCCCGCUGCGGCGCACCGAGUCCCUGGACCCCCGCGGCGCGCUGGACACGCAGCCCCUGCGGCCGGCCACCCUGCUGCCCACCAAGCUCCAUGACUGCAACGGGCAGAUGCUGGCCCUGCCCAGCGAGUUCUUCCUGCGCAUAGAUAGCCACAAGGAGGACCCAGCCGAGUUUGACGACGACAUGGAGGAUAGCUGCUGCUCACGCCUGCGCAAGGUGCUGGAGCCCUACAAGCCCGAGUGGUGUCGGAGCCGUGAGCCCUGGUCGCUGUACCUGUUCUCCCCGCAGAACAGGUUUCGUGCCUCCUGCCAGAAAAUCAUUGCUCACAAGAUGUUUGAUCACGUCGUCUUGGUUUUCAUCUUCCUCAACUGUAUCACCAUCGCCCUGGAGAGGCCGGACAUCGACCCAGGAAGCACGGAGCGCGUCUUCCUCAACGUCUCCAACUAUAUCUUCACGGCAAUCUUCGUGGCUGAGAUGACGGUGAAGGUGGUGGCCCUCGGCCUGGUGUCUGGCGAGCACGCCUACCCGCAGAGCAGCUGGAAUGUGCUGGACGGGCUGCUGGUCCUGGUGUCCCUGGUCGACAUCAUCGUGGCCUUGGCCUCCGCUGGUGGCGCCAAGAUCCUGGGCAUCCUGCGUGUGCUGCGCCUGCUGCGGACACUCCGGCCUCUGAG